UCAUAGGAGAAGAACAUGGAGCAGUUCAAGGGACAACCUCGGCUCCCGAAAUUCGCCGUCCCGAAGCGCUACGACAUCUGGCUGAAGCCCGACCUCGCCGCCUGCAAAUUCGCUGGAUCGGUGGCGAUCGACGUCGACGUCGUCUCCAAGACGAAGUUCAUCGUCCUCAAUGCUGCCGAGCUCUCCGUCACCGAUGCUGCCGUUUCCUUCACUCCCAAGGGGUCCUCGCAGGUCCUUGAGCCAUGGAAAGUUGAAUUGAUCGAACAAGAUGAAAUAUUGGUGCUGGAGUUCAGGAAGACACUGCCAAUCGGUCUGGGAGUUUUGGCCAUUGGCUUUGAAGGAACUCUGAAUGAUGGAAUGAAGGGCUUCUACAGAAGUAAAUACGAGCAUAAUGGUGAGAAGAAGAAUAUGGCGGUCACUCAGUUUGAACCUGCUGAUGCAAGGCGAUGCUUCCCUUGCUGGGAUGAACCUGCUUGCAAGGCUACAUUUAAAAUUACAUUGGAUGUGCCAUCUGAAUUGGUGGCUCUAUCAAACAUGACGAUAAUUGAUGAGAAAGUUGAUGGGCCCACUAAGACAGUCUUCUAUCAAGAGUCCCCAAUUAUGUCGACAUAUCUGGUUGCAGUGGUUAUCGGUUUGUUUGACUAUGUGGAGGACCACACAUCGGAUGGCAUCAAGGUAAGGGUGUACACUCAAGUUGGUGAGAAAAACCAGGGGAAGUUUGCCCUUCAUGUUGCUGUGAAGACACUCGAAUUAUACAAAGAAUAUUUUGCUGUACCAUACUCUCUCCCGAAGCUUGAUAUGAUCGCAAUUCCUGAUUUUGCUGCUGGAGCCAUGGAAAACUAUGGCUUAGUUACAUAUCGUGAAACCGCCUUGCUCUAUGAUGAGCAGCAUUCUGCAGCUGCCAAUAAGCAGCGGGUUGCUACAGUUGUGGCCCAUGAACUGGCCCAUCAAUGGUUUGGGAAUCUCGUAACAAUGGAAUGGUGGACACACCUGUGGCUGAACGAGGGAUUCGCAACAUGGGUGAGCUAUUUGGCAACUGAUAGCUUGUUUCCUGAGUGGAAAACAUGGACGCAGUUCCUUGAUGAAUCUACUCAGGGUCUUAGAUUGGACGGGCUGGCGGAAUCUCAUCCCAUUGAGGUUGAGAUUAAUCAUGCUGGUGAGAUUGAUGAGAUUUUUGACGCGAUCAUCUACAAAAAAGGUGCAUCAGUUAUUCGGAUGCUUCAGAGCUAUCUUGGUGCAGAAUGUUUUCAGAAAUCCCUAGCUGCAUACAUAAAGAAACAUGCUUGUUCAAAUGCAAAGACGGAGGACCUGUGGGCUGCCCUGGAGGAAGGAUCAGGUGAACCCGUUAACAAACUAAUGAACUCAUGGACAAAGCAGAAGGGUUACCCUGUUGUCUCUGUGAGCAUCAAAGAUCAAAAGCUUGAGUUCGAGCAGACGCAGUUUCUGUCCAGUGGUUCACAGGGCGAUGGACAAUGGAUCGUUCCGAUAUCCUUGUGCUGUGGCUCGUAUGAAGCCUGCAAGAAUUUCCUUUUGCAGGACAGAUCAACCUCUAUCAAUGCAGAUGGCGCUCCUUCUUGGAUAAAGGUUAAUGUAGACCAGACAGGAUUCUAUAGGGUGAAAUAUGAUGAAAGUCUUGCUGCUAAAUUGAGGUCUGCGAUAGAAAGUAAAGCAUUAUCUCCGACUGACAGAUUUGGGAUAUUGGACGACACAUUUGCCUUUUGUAUGGCUCGACAGCUGCCUCUGAGUUCUUUGUUCACUUUGAUGAGUGCUUACAGAGAAGAACUAGAAUACACCGUCCUGUCUAAUUUGAUAAGUAUAAGUUUCAAAGUGGCAAGAAUUGCUGCAGAUGCGACCCCUGAACUGAUGGACAACAUCAAACAAUUCUUCAUUAGUCUCUUCCAGUACUCUGCCGAAAAACUCGGAUGGGAACCUAAGCAAGGGGAGAGUCAUUUAGACGCCAUGUUGAGAGGAGAAAUCUUGACUGCUCUAGCGGUGUUUGGACAUGAGGAGACCCAGAAGGAAGCAAGCAGGCGUUUCAAUGCAUUUUUAGAAGACCGAAACACACCCCUUCUCCCUCCCGACACAAGAAAGGCUGCUUAUGUGGCAGUGAUGCAGGCUGUUAACUCAUCAAACCGAUCAGGCUAUGAUUCUCUGCUGAGAGUUUAUCGGGAGACUGACCUUAGCCAGGAGAAAACUCGAAUCUUGAGUUCAUUGCCCUCUUGCCCAGAUCCUAAUAUCAUUCAAGAAGUCCUUCAAUUUAUACCGUUUCUAGAGGUUCGUAGCCAAGAUGCUGUCUUUGGACUUGAUGUUAGUCAUGAAGGCCGCGAUACCGCUUGGACUUGGUUGAAGGAAAAUUGGGAGCCCAUAUUGAAGACCUAUGGUUCGGGAUUUCUCAUUACUCACAUUGUUUGUGCCGUUGUCUCACCGUUUUCUUCCUUUGAGAAGGCCGAGGAAGUAGAGGAAUUCUUCUCAACCCGAGCUGACCCAGCAAUUGCCAGAACACUGAAGCAGAGCAUCGAGUGGGUCCACAUCAACGCCCAGUGGGUCCAGAGCGUGCAGAACGAGGAGCAUCUGGCCGAAGCUGUGCAGGAACUCGCUUAUCGGAAAUACUGGGGCUUCUGUCUUCUGUUAAUCCGACUGUGGAAUUUCUUGUGCAAGAUUGUGAAAUCUUUAUUUCAUCUUCAUUAAAUCAUCAUUUGUUUUGGCUCGAAUUGCCUCUCUUUCUCAUCGUCGGCUUACGGCACUUGUAAGAGGCAUCUAUUGCCAGUUCGACUCUAGCUUUGAUAGUCAUUGCCGGGGAUGGCUAUUAUGAUGAGAAGUAGAAUAAUGACUUGGAUUGAAAUACACAGUUGCGUAUUAUCCCGGCUGCCCUUCUAGAGGGGCUCGGCUUGUGAGGUCCUCCUGGGAGACCCGGUAUUUACUAUUUCCAAAUAUACAUACAUACACAUAUACA